CCACACUUGAUUUCACACUGCAGCGGCGACGCAUGAGCCGGCGCCACCUUCUCUCGCUGCGGGCGAUCCCGCAGCCGGCAACGAGCGACGAUGACAUGAUGACGAGGAAGCGGGAAGCGUCUGCUCCAUGGACCAAGCCCGUGGAAGCUGCGAAGGAAGAAGCGAUCGCGUUGGCGCAACGGCCUCCGAAGGGUCCCGAAGCCCCAUGUCCAUCGCCCAUGCAGGCAAUGCAGCCCGCAACAUGCAAGGUGGCAGAAGCCGAGCCCAUGAAAUCGCUCGGCGCAAACGACUCGGCUGCGGACUCGCCGGCGACAGAGCCGAUCCCAACCACUGUCGAGGCCGACCAGUCGAGCGACACGACCCUUCCGCUCGACAUUGACGAGCUCGAAGACUGCCCGCCCACCCAGCGGGUCGAAGACGACGCUUCAAGGACUUCGCCAUCCUCUUGUGUUGUCGAUUUACAAGCAGACGUCGCGUAUGACACCAAGAUUUCAUGCCCAUCCUGUGGCAAGAACCUCACGUUCUUCAACGAGGAAGCGCAAAUCCACCACGUCAACGCAUGCCUCGACGCGAUCCAGCAGUUUGAGCGCAACAAGCGCGACGCAGAGCUCCAGGCGGCGCUGGCUGCCAGCAUCGGCGCGGAUCCGACGCCCGACGUGCCCGUCGAGACGUGCAAGGUGUGCGGCGUCUCGUUCACCGACAAGCUGCCGAGACAGCGCAUUCAACACACUAAGCAGUGUGCGAAAAAGUACGGCGUGAGCCUCCAAGCGCUGCUGCAAGCCGAGGUGCACGUCGACGAAGCGCGCAUCGACGCGGCGAUUGCGUCCCUCCCGCCACCGACCAACGCGUUUGACCUGAUGAUGAACCGGCCCAAGCCAGCAGCCAAGUGCGCCAAGGCGCCCAUGCCGCAUGCAAGCAACGCGUUCGAUCUGCUCAUGCGGGGCGCGCAGACGUCAGCGAUUGUUGCGAAAACGGCCAAGCCCGCGCUCAAGCGCAAGGCCAACGGGUUUGGGACAAAGCCGCGCUACAGCUGCCCCGACUACAAGAAGAUCCAAGGUACUUCGAUCCUCGUGGACGGGUUCCAGUACGCGUCCCCGUCGCUCUCCACGACGUACGUUCUCUCGCACUUUCAUUCGGACCACUAUGGUGGUCUUGGUCGGUCGUUUUCAGCGGGCAUCAUCUACUGUACGCCGACGACAGCGCGGCUCGUACAGCUCUGCCUCGGUGUCGACAAGAAAUACUUGCACCCGUUGCCGCUGCACCAGCCGUAUCUGCUGGCAGACCACAAGGCGCAGAUGACGUUCAUUGACGCCAACCACUGCCCGGGGGCCGCGAUCAUUUUGUUUCAGUUCCAGUCGGGCAAAACCUUCCUCCAUACAGGCGAUUUCCGCUACGACCCCAGCAUGCUGCUCAAUAGCUACUUGUCGCCGUUCACAAACCCAACCCAGCGCUUGGACGGCGUGUACCUCGACACGACGUACUGCGACACACAGCACUGCCACCCGACGCAGGCGGUUGCGAUCGCCGAAGCCAAGCGCCUCGUCGACCUGCAUCAAAACGACCGUCCGCUCUUCUUGGUCGGGUCCUACUCGAUCGGAAAAGAACGGCUCUUCAUGGACGUGGCUGCCCACUUGGACUGCAAGGUGUUUGUUGAACGCGCCAAGCUGUCCCUGCUCUCGUGCUUUGAGUGGCCCGAGUCUGCGCUCGUACGUCGUCCUUCUUCAAGUCCUUUCGUGGUAUGAUGGCCUACAUAGCGGCGCCUCACGACCGAGUCGUCGACCACCAACUUGCAUGUUGUGCCCAUGAACCACUUGAACUUUGAUGGCAUGCGCGCGCUCCUUGCCAAACACCGACUCCGCUUCCGCAAGGUGAUUGCACUCCAGCCGACGGGCUGGACGUUCUCGCGCAAGAAGGGGCCGUCGAUUUCAUCCAAGCGCACGCAAAUGAACGACGCGCUCGUCAUUUACGGCAUUCCGUACAGCGAGCACUCGAGUUUUGACGAACUCUGCGCGUUUACAAAGGCGUUCGACCCGAAAGUGAUCAUUCCGACGGUCAACUGUUCCAAGUCGUCCGAGCAAGUUGCGCUGCUCCGGCAAACGUGCUUUAACAACCUCACGCAUCAUUUUGCCCCGCAGCCGUAACACCACUUGGUCGCUCUACAUGUACUCGACCUACUAGAGCUACCUACUAGACUACUUUUACGUAUUGCAAUCUUUGUCCUUGCCUCUCGUCGCCUCUACGCCCAUGGCUAUCUCGCGUCUUGGUCGAUUGCUUGCUGCCAUCAACCUCGGCGGAUCACACUACAGUACACUACGGCCAAGCACUCAAGUCUCAGGCCUCACGAGCCUCGCAGCCAAGGUCCAUGAACUUUUAGAUCUGGAAUGCUGACGG